AUGAUGGAGAGAUACGACGCAUAUAAGACGAUUAAGAGGGAUUUAGAUGAAAAGUUUGUUAUUGAUGAGAGAAAAUGGGGAUGUUUUUUUUUGGAUGAAAAUGGUGUUCUGGGGGCUGUGAUAUGGGUUGUAGUUGAUCGAGGGGAGAAAGGGAGAGGUCAUUGUAUGAUAUUGGGAGUAAAGAUGUCAAUAUAUGUGUAUAGAAAUAUGAGACUGGAGGGCGAAAAAGGAGGAGAUAAGGGGUCUAACAGUGUUAGAAAUAAUGAUUAG